AUGACCGCGCUCAAGCUGUCCCUCAUGGCCUUCAGCUUGGUCUUCUGGGCGGCGGGGCUGACCAUGCUCAUCGUCGGCCUCUGGGCCAAGGUGGCCCUGGGCAGCUACCUGGCGCUGUCGGCCAACGGCUGCCCCAGCGCCCCCGCCGUCCUCCUGGCCACCGGCGCCGCCGUCCUCAUCUGGGCCUUCCUGGGCUGCCUCGGCGCCGCCACGGAGCACCGCGGCCUCCUGCGCGCCUACGGCGCCUUCCUGACCGCCGUGCUGGCGGCCGGGCUGACGGCCGGGCUCUCGGCGCUCCUCUACCGCCGGGACGUCGCGCAGGGCUUCCGGGAGGGGCUGCGCCGGGCCCUGCUCGCCUACGGGGAGGAUGAGGGGACGGCGGACGCCCUGGACGCUUUGCAGCGCGCCUUGUCCUGCUGCGGCGUGGAGAGCUACCGCGACUGGCUCGCCUCGCCCUGGGGGCUGCGGCAGAACGGCUCGGUGCCCCUCAGCUGCUGCCGGGCCCGCCGGGGUUGCCAGCGCCGCCCGCCCGGCGCACGCGGCCUGCACCGCGACGGCUGCUUCGGCAAGGUGUCGGCCUUCGUCAGCGCCAACAUGUUCUACCUUGCCACGGCGGCCCUGGGGCUGGCGCUGCUGCAGCUCGUCGGCGUCGUGCUGGCCUGCCUGCUGGCUGCCCGCAUCCCUGCCCGCCUGAUGGGCAUCGCCGCCCCUCGCUGA